AUGUCUAGAGCUAGCAGUUCCGACGCCUCGCCAUCCUGCUCGCACGCCCCGGCGGCCCAGCGGUACUUCGUCAAAACCCUGUUCGCGCCGGGCUCGGCGGGCCAGCUGGCGCGGCUGUCGAGCCACGGCCUGCUGGGCUUCUCGGCCGCCGAGGGCGGCGACCUCGAGAAGGACUGGCGCCUCGUCGUGCUCUCAAGGCUGAGCGCCCAGGGCGUCGAACACACGGCGCAGCUGCGGCCCGCCGCCGCCGGCAUGCCCUCGCUCCCCGAGUGGUUCGCCGCGCUCGAGUACGUAGUCGUGCUCGGGCUGGCCGAGCUGCCUAACUCUGUGACGGCGCCUAGCGGCGGUGGCGGCGAUGACGCCUGGGGCUUGGGCUCGCUGCUUUCGCCAAGCAAGAUCGGUCUGAAGCGCGAGACCGCCGAGGCCAUCAAGAAGUUGUCUGAUACGGACGAGGACAGGGACCAACAAGCCGCGUUUGUUGCUUCCAGGGUCGGGGAAAUCCUCAACGUGAACGAGCAAGCCUGCCAGACCAUGCACAUGAUGGUGGUCGCGGGCGUGGAGGUCGACCCGGACCGCUGGGCGUCGCUCCUCGGCCAGCUCUGGGAGAUGACCCGCCUCAUGUCUGAAGCCUUCAGGUCCAGCGAGUACCUGAUGAACGCGCACAGGACGCAAAUGUACGCCCACUACGGCAUUGGGGGCGGCGCCGCCGCCGUCUGGCAGCUGGUGGCGGGGGGCGUCGCAGCCGUCAGCCGGGCCGCCCUCGCCAGCGCGGGCACGGGCUUCCUCGUGUCCAUGUACCAGCUGCGGUGCGGGUUCGUCGAGAAGGAGAGGCACGACUACUACGGGAGGCUGCUACACCUGCUCCGCCACAUGUGGAAGGCCGCCUCGGAGCUCAACACGUUCCUGCCUAGGAUCCGCGUGGCCGGGGACGGGACCCCCGAGUUCAGGCCUGGCGGGCAGCAGCUCUGGGAGCUGUACACCAGUAACGAGGUGGAGACGGCGCCUGCCGCCGUCAAGUAUCUUAAAUUUCGGCUUCAGGAGCUGGAAUUGCUGCGGCUUCGAAUUGAGCCUCUUCCGCCCGGGACUGCGGGUGUGCUCUAAGUGAAGCUAUGUCCGUUGGAAAUUCGUAUGUCUGGGUAGUUUACACAUUCUGUAGCGAAUACACCGUGAUUCUAGGGGGAAAAAAACAUACACACACAUAAAAGAAAAGGCCGUCAUCAUG